CUGCUCAACGAAAGACUUUAUUUACUUCCGGUGAACGGUUCAGUUGCUUCUGAAUGUUUAAAUAGUGGGGAUAAAGGCAAGCGGCAAAGAUGGAGUCCAGCGAGGAGGGUGGCCUCAGUGUUGGGGGCUCUGUGGGAGAGGAAAACUACUUCCUGGGAUAUACAUUCACCGAUCGUUCACAUUCGAGUCGUGUGGUAAAGAGCAUCAUGGACCUGUGCCUGGAGGACGGGCUGUUUGCUGAUGUCACCAUCACGGUGGACAGCAAAGAGUUUCACCUGCACCGGUUGGUACUCUCAGCACAGAGCAGUUUUUUCCGCUCAAUGUUCACCUCCAACCUCAAAGAGUCCCACAACCGCAUGAUAGAGCUGAAGGAUGUGAGUGCCACAGUCUUUCAGCUACUGAUUGACUACAUCUACCAUGGCACGAUUAAACUAAGAGUGGAGGAGCUGCAGGACACCUAUGAGAUGGCAGACAUGUACCAGCUGACUGCUCUGUUUGAAGAAUGCUCCCGCUUCCUCUCACGCACAGUUGAGGUUAAGAACUGUUUACAGGUGAUGUGGCUCGCAGACAGACAUAGUGACCAGGAGCUCUAUACUGCAGCCAAGCACUGUGCUAAAAUCCACCUGGCUCAGCUGCAUCAGACUGAGGAAUUUCUCAAUCUGCCUCUCUGUCUGCUUUUGGACAUCAUUAAAGAUGGCGUUCCAAGCUCUCAGAAUCCAAAAGUGGCCAUUGAGUCAUGGAUUAACCACAACAAGGUUGAGAGAGAAGAGUUUGCUUGCAUCCUCCAAGAGAAUCUUAAGGAAAUUGGUGAAAAUGUCCACAUAUACCUGAUUGGUAAAGAAGAGACGAGGACUCACUCCCUUGCUGUGUCGUUGCACUGUGACGAGGACGAUGUGAUCAGUGUGAGUGGCCAGAACAGUUUAUGCCAUCAGAUCACGGCAGCCUGUAAACAUGGCGGUGACCUUUACGUGGUUGGAGGGUCUAUUCCUCGCCGCAUGUGGAAGUGUAACAUGCACACUAUGGACUGGGAGCGCUGUGCACCUCUGCUCAGAGACCGUCUCCACCACACCAUGGUUUCCGUCUCUACGGAAGAUGCUAUCUACUCACUAGGUGGUAAGACACUGCAAGACACACUCUCUAAUGCUGUCAUCUACUACACAGUAAAGGACAACAAGUGGACAGAAACCAGCCAGCUAGACACUGCUGUGUCUGGGGCUGCUGGUGUUAACUUGGGAGGUACCAUAUACCUACUUGGCGGGGAAGAGAACGACAUGGACUUUUUCACUAAGCCAUCCCGUCUCAUUCAGUGCUUUGACACCUCCUCACAACAGUGCCAGAUCAAACCCUACAUGCUGCCAUUUGCUGGCUGCAUGCAUGCUGCCGUCCACAUGGAUGUGAUCUUCAUUGUAGCAGAAGGAGACUCCCUGGUGUGCUACAAUCCACUGUUGGAAAGCUUCACGCGCCUCCGCUUCCCCGAAGUAUGGAGCUGCAUCCCAUCACUGUGGAAAGUGGCCAGCUGCAAUGGCUGUAUAUAUGUCUUUAGAGACAAAUGUAAGAAAGGUGAUGCUAAUACACUGAAGUUUAACCCAGCCACAUCUGUGGUCUCAGUUAUCAGAGGUAUAAAAAUCCUCCUCACAAACUGGCAGUUUGUCUUAGCCUAACGUGUCCUCUGGACGUUCACACUGUGGUCUACACACUAACCACAGUGAAUCAGGGAAGACUUUUGGACAACUUAAUAGAACUUUACUGUUCAGGCAUCUAAUGAAGAGAUCCAUGCUACAAUUAUGUACUCAACUGUGUCAAUCAUUCCUAGUUACAACAAUAUAGUCAUGUGUGUCACUUGCUGCUGUUGUAGUGCAUCAUUGUGCAUUUCUUAACUGGGAAGUAAAUUUGUGGUGAUGCUGUGACCAGUGAUGAACUAAUAUGAUGUUUCCUGUGCACUUCUAGUUUAACAUGCAUGAAGAGCUAGACAACUUACCCUUCAGUAAAAUGUUAUCAUGAUGCUGACAAAGGCAAAAUAUCCUUAAUUUCAAAUUCCAAGUCAUUGUGCAUAUAAAUAAUGAAGGAUGUUUUUUAACUUGAGAAAAUGUUUUGUUUUUUCCUGAAGAUUGGUUUUUUUUUGUAUGUACUCUGUGGUUGUUCAUAAGAUGUGUUAAAUAUAUCAGUGUAUCUACAAGCUGUCAGUUUUUGUUUUUGCCUUUUGGCUCUUGACAUUGUUUAUUACCAGAAUAUAGCAUCUUUAACUUUUGCAGUUUUACAGAGAAGCAUUUUAAAUUGUUACUGUACAUUUGUCUUUGAUGAAAUUAUACUCAAUAUGAAAGGCAGGGUGUUUAAAGUGCUUGUUUAUUCUA